GCAUCACACCCCAUGUCGCCCAUGUACUGCUGCGCGCCCACACACGGCGCUCAUCGAUAUCUCUGAUUAACGCGGACCCGACUGAUAUCUCGGUCAAAUAAACCGUGACCUGUUCUACGGAAUAAUAAUUCCCCCCCCAAAAAAAAUUCUCUCCGGUUGACGUCAGCGUGUGCUUCUGGUGCCUUCUACGUCAGCGGCCGCGCGCUGCUGCUGUAAUGCGGAGUCACCUCGACUCGAGUGUAAACAACCCGACCAGCCUCAUCCCCGACACCGAAUCCGAGGCCAACCCGCCGCUGGGACCACAAUCCGGAUCAAGAUCGUGAUAUAUAGUUCACGUUGUGACCGUCCACGCCGUCUGAUCGGUGAACGGUAGUUUGCUGCUGUUGUUGUUGUUGUUGUGGAUCUCUUGUGUGCUGUCAUCUCUGUAGCUAGCCUCUGUAGCUAGCCCCUUUUGACCAGCCGUAGCUGGCUAGCUCCUAGCCUCCGUGGCUAGCUGCACCGUCGGGCCAUCUGGGGUGCUGAGAUACCCCGCAUGAUCCCUGGAAUCUCUUCCUUCGCCUCGACCAGGAUCUCCUGAACACUGGGUGGGUGGACGGUGCUAACCCCUCCAGCCAUGGAGGCGGGGGAGAAGGAGGAUGAGGAGACCUUGCAGACGGCCUUCAAGAAGCUCCGCGUUGACGCAGAGACAAGUCUGCCCGGCACAGUGAAUGUAUGCGAGGCCUUGGACCCGCGGGCCAUACCGCGAAUCGGUCCCGAGACCAGCGGGGCCAAGCCCAAGGUGGGCUGCCCCAAGGACGCCUGGCACGGCUGCAUGAGGAAGACUUCCCGGGGCGUGUCGCGGUCCCAGCGGCGUCGGCGCUCCAAGUCGCCCAUCCUCCACCCGCCAAAGUUCACCUACUGCAGCUCCUCCUCCCCCUCCCCCCCCGCCUCUCUCUCGCCCCCCGGUGGCUGUCUGAAGCACCAGCGCCUGGCCGGCCCCGAGCCCCGCCCGCCCCCAGGCUCCGCCUCCACGUCCCCGGCUCCGCCUCCGACGGCCCAGACCCAGCCGCCCUCAGCCGCCCCCCCCGCCCAGACCCCCCCGGUGUUCGGAGCCCGCGUCGGGGGUCCGGGCUCCCUGGCCCCCCCCGUCUGCUCCCUGUCCCCCGAGGCCCCGGGGCCCCCGGCCCAGCGGGAGGGGGCGGAGCCCUCUGACUUCCACGCCUUGUCCCAGCUGCUCUCCGGCGGCCCCCCAGGGGCCAUGGGCCCCGGCUCGCCCCCCCCCUGCUCCCCCUGCUCCUCCUGCUCGGGGGGGGAGGCCCUCGAGGGCGGGGCCGCGGCGGACCUCCGGCCCGGGUGUGGGUGCGCCCCCCUCCCGGCCCCGCCCCCCGCGGGUUGGCCCGGCGUGGAGGUGUACUCCUUCACCGGGCUCCGCGGGGCCAUCUCCGAGUGCGAGAGGGGCCUGGCGCCCCCCAGGACUCCUUCCUCCUCCUCCUCCCCCCCCCCGCUGACGGCGGGCCCGCCGCGCUCCUGCUCGGAGCAGGCGGCGCGCGCCUACGUGGACGACAUCAACAUCGAGGACCUCUCCGGCUACAUGGAGUACUUCCUCUGCAUCCCCAAGAAGAUGUCCCACAUGGCCGAGAUGAUGUACACCUGAACACACACCUGAACACACACACCUGAACACACACCUGUCCUGAACACACACCUGUCCUGAACACACACCUGAACACACACCGGAACACACACACCUGAACACUGACCGGAACAUACACACACACAUACACCUGAACACACACACCUGAACACACACUGGAACAUACACACACACAUACACCUGAACAUACACACCGGAACACACACACACACACCUGAAAAAACACACACACACACCAGAACAUAUGGACUCACGCACACAACAGCGCCCAUCGCCACGCACCAACGUCUGAUUAAAAAAGAGAUUUACUACAAGAUUUAAAAGAUGAGAUUACGAGAGAAAAG